CUCUAUUGUAUAGUUAGUUUAUUUGAUGCUGUCAAGAGGAAUUUUGUUUUUCAAAUUGGUAAUUGUAUACCUCAGACAGAAGUGGAGCUUCAGCUAGAAAAAGUUGUUGGUCAUAAGAUCACUAAACAUAAAAUAUUUGAUGCUGUGCAAACACUUGGUAAAAUUGAAAAGAAGACAAUCCGUGUUGGUGACCAAAAGGAUGGAUGUGACAAUAGAAAAAGAUUGUAUCCUAGCUAUAAUAUAAUACAUUUGUUGAACUGUAAUAUUACGUCACACACUUGCACUUUCUUAAUUUACUUUAUUAAAUUAACUUCUUUUAAAUUAAUUAAUUAAUUAGUCAUAGUUAAUAUAGUGUACAACUUUCUGCUGAUUUCCUUAACAACCUAAUAUAGAACUGUCUUGGUGAACAUCUCAAGAAUAUCAAAACAAUCUGCUUCUCAUAUAUGGCAUAAUAUUUAUGGCUCUCUUGCACUAAUUCAACCAAAUUUGGGUGAUGACAUAGUAACAGCUAUUCAACAAACUGUUUUGGAAAAUGUUACACCACUCAUUGAAGAAAAUUUUGAUUUAAAGCAACAAUUAAUGUUUUCUGCCAAAGAGGAUUCAGCAACAAACAUGAAAAAUGGAAAAGCAAAGUCCAUUAAACGAAAUUUAUUUUCUGAUAGUGAUAAAACACAUGAUACUGAUGACCACUGUGACUCAACUGCCAAUAGCAAAGAGCAUAAGCCGCCGUCCCACAAUGAUCAGGACCAAUUAAAAUUUGAUAAGCAAGCCCUGGAAGUAGAACUUCUGGAAUUUCAGAAGAUAUGUCAAUUUACAGUCGUGGAUAUGACAGAAAGUGAAGAUUUAAACUUUAUAUUCGGAGAAGGAACGUUUGACCAAAUACCUAUUAAAGUACGUGAAUAUUGUCCACUACUGACUGAGAUUGUGGAGACCCUUGCAGCCGGUAAAUGGUCAAAGUACAAUAAGUGUAAGAAGACUGUCUCGUACAAAUUCAAAGCUGCCCUUCAAAUGGUCCUUGCAUUGGAUGACAUUAAAAGCCAAAGAACAACCACUGCCUUUUCAACACUGUUUGGACUACUGCUGAUUUCAUAUGGUGCUGGAAAAGUUGUACUGCAGACUUUAGAACCUUUUGGUCUGUGCAAAAGUUAUGAUUUCUAG